CCCUCUUCCCCUCGCGUUCCCCUCCCCGGCCGGCCCCUUCGUACCGCCCGUCCCCGCCGGCGCCUGUCCCGCUCCCGGCGAGGCGGCGGUGGCGGCCGGGCAGGGCGCCUCAGCGCGGCGCCGUCAUGGCGCUGGAGGUGGAGGCGACCGGGGCUCCCCUGAGCUCUUUCCUGAAAGACUUCCCGUCUCCACUGGGCCCGGGGGAGCCGCUGCCGUGGAGCUCGACGGGGAGCGGCGCCCUCAGCAAGGCCGAGGUGCCGGGCGCCCUGGCCGAGCGGGCGAGGAGCCUCCUGGGCGACAGCAGAGGUGUUUCACCACUUCUUGCAGCAUCGUUGAUCCAUGCUGCAGUUAAUGAAGUUCUCCAAACAGACUUGACUGAAUUUAAGCAGCAAAAUGUGGAAACAGAGGGAGAAGGAGAUGAGGAAAGGUUCACCUUGCUGGAUGGAGAGUCAUUGCAGCGUUGCUUCUUUAACAAGCUCUGGGAUGUUUGCUUUGAGUGGCAGAAGCAGUUGCCACCACUGAGACCACUGAAGCGUUUCCUACUGGUUUCCAUCCACGCCAUCCGUAACACCCGGCGGAAAAUGGAGGACCGCCAUGUUCUACUCCCAGAGUUCAACCAGCUCUUUGGUUUAUCAGAUGACACUGAUCGCGCUUUCUUUGCGGUAUUUGAUGGCCAUGGUGGAGUGGAUGCUGCCAAUUAUUCGGCAACCCAUUUACAUGUGAAUGUUGGACUGCACGAAGAGAUUGUUAAGAAUCCAGCUGAGGCCUUGAAAUGCUCUUUCCAGAAGACAGAUGAAAUGUUUCUUUUCAAAGCCAAGAGAGAGAAGCUGCGGAGUGGUACAACAGGUGUAUCUGCACUGAUUGUAGGGAACAAGCUGCACAUAGCAUGGCUAGGGGACUCACAGGUAAUGCUUGUGCAGCAAGGAAAAGCUGUGACGUUAAUGGAACCUCACAAACCAGAAAGAGAAGAUGAGAGAGAACGUAUUGAGACUCUGGGUGGUUGUGUGACCUAUAUGGACUGCUGGCGGGUUAAUGGUACCUUGGCUGUUUCCAGAGCAAUUGGUGACAUAUGUCAGAAACCCUACAUCUCAGGUGAUGCAGAUGGAGAUUCGUUUGAGCUGACUGGUUCUGAAGAUUAUUUGCUCCUAGCCUGCGAUGGAUUCUUUGAUGCUGUCAAGCCAUACGAGGUUGUAGACUUGGUCUUAGAUCAUUUAAUGGAAACCAAAGGAGUGGGUCUCAAAGCAGCAGAAAGACUGGUGGCUGCUGCAAAGGAAAAUGGAUCCAGUGAUAACAUCACUGUUUUGGUGGUCUUCUUGAGGGAUCCUCAGGACAUCUUGGCAGACUGUAUCAAAGACCCUAAGAGCCUUGAGGCUGGUGAUGAUGCUCAGAGCUCACCCUUUAACUUCCUCAGCUGUGAGGCAGCAGCCACACAGUGACAAAAUGUGCUUAAUCAGAGCAUUCAAAUAAGUUCACAUAAGGAACUGCUUUCCACUGAAGAAGCCUCUAAUAAAAUAGGCAAAACGUGUCAGGAGAGAAAUGACAAAUGGACAAACAUUUAACAAAAAGGCAAGACUCCUUUUACUGAGUUCCCAUUUGUCUUUUCCUUCCUUUCUCCUCCCUUCAAAAAACACUGAGCAGAUGUGGAGAUCUGUACAGCUAUUACGUCUCUGGGAGCAGACUUCUAAAAUGUGUCCCAGGGCUGCUGGUCAUGUCCCUCUGCCCUGGAAGUGGGAAGAAACCAUAAUAUGUAUAAGCUAAUGGGUGAGAACACCCCUUUGUGAAUUCUGAGUGAAAAUUGAAACUUAGUGCUUAAAAAGAGUGCUGUAUGUUAUAUUUAAUUGUGAUGUUAGUUUGGAGAUUGGGAGGACAGACAGAAAAGCUUGUUACUGUGUGUGGUCUGCAGGAACAGGCUUGGUGUGUGAGACUGGGUGACACCAUUAUACUGUGUAAGUUGCUUUUGUUUUGUACCAAAGAUGAAAUGAGAAUGAUGUGGCCUCUUCAUUCAAACAGAGACAUUUAAUUUUGUUUGUAUGGAGAGGAGAAAAUAAAACUGACUGAAUGCUCCAGAAAAAGAGCAAGAAAGCUAACUAGAAAUAUCCCAGGCAAAAUGAUGCAAAUCAGCUGCUUUCUGGGAUGCUCUGGUUUAUAAACUGGAAUCCAAUAUUUAACUGCACUGGAUUAUUUUCCCCUAAAAAAACAUGCUCUAGUGGCUGUUUGGCAACCUGACAAGAAAGGGCCCUUAUUGUUGUAUUUGAGAGAGAUCUUUACAGUACGUGUGCUCUAGCAGUUAAAUAUGCUGUUUCUGCCAUUUUUUUGUGUACUAUAACAAAUGAGAAUUUUA